AUGCGCUCAUACAAUUACUUUGUGGGGAUUGCUAUUAUUGUUGGAGUGGGCGUUGCUCAAGAUCUUCGACUUUCAUCAUGUGACGGACAACAACUUGCAACCUGUCAAGCACAAUUUAACAAAGAUCUGAACUUGGACGAUUCAUUGGGUGUUGCAACAUAUGACAAACUUCGAGUUGCCGUUGAAAAAUCGUUUUCCGAUGAGAAGGCCCUCGGUCUUCUGAAAACUUGUGAAGCUUUCAAAGAAUUCAAGAACUGUUUCACUGAUAAUAAUUUGUUUUCUUGCGUACAGAAUCCAUUUGGUCUUCUUACUGUCACUAACAACAACAAUGUGCGCUAUGAUAGAAAACAGGCUAAUGGAUACGUGAAAAUUUGGAAUCAGCUAGACUUCGUUUGCGGCGCUGGAUUCACAAUUAUUGCCAACAACGAGGAUUGCACCUCGACAGUUUUUAAUAAUCAAACCGCUGCUCUUCGCGAUUGCGACAAUGACUUCGAUGCCAACUUAGCUGUUGAUCCAUCUCAACCUUGCGAUUACGUUGACAUAGCAGCUAACUGUUAUCGCAAUGUUUUCUGGAAUGCUUGCAAGUCUCCAGAGGUUGCUUUCUUUGGUUGCAACUAUGAAAGAGUUGGAACUCAAUUGCUCAACUCGCAAUGUACCCAAAUCUUCUGCGUCUAUGCCGCGAUGGCUGCCGUCGAAUGUGACUCAACAACGUAUUUCGAAUGCCAAACCGAUUUGAAUAAAGCUCUCGGAAUCUCAGAUAAUCAACCAUGGUACCAUCCGGACAUUUUCCGUAAAGAGGUGGAAACUUUCUACCAGAAUCAGGGUCCUGAUGGAAUUCGUAAAGUGUGUAGAGCAUUUCGCGAGUUUAAGACUUGCAUGGGAAAUCAAUAUCAGUUAUGUAUGACUCCAGUUCAUUUUGUCUCAGUUUCGGCGACAACUUUGAACGCCUAUCAGUUCGUUGGACUAUUUAAUCAAAUGCAUUUUGUGUGCGGCGCCGGACUUCAAAUUUACCUUUCGAAUGAGAAUUGCUUGAGUGAAUCAUGGAAAGGAGAAAGUGGUGCAAUUCUGAAUGAAUGUCGAGAAAACUUUGAAGUUGGAAGUGACGUUGCUAAUGAUGAAGCUUGCACGCUUGGAAACAAGUAUUUGAUAUGCAUGGAAAGCCGCGUCAAAAAAAACUGCGGUGAAAAAUCGAAUGACGCGCAAUUCUGGGCGUGCGAAUAUGCCCGUGUUAACGUCUUCACUCGCUUCCCGCAAUGCCCAAUUCGAUGUGUUUUACCAUAUACCGGAGGAAUUAUUUAA